GCGCGGGGCGGCCGGUGCCGGAAGCGCGGUGAGGAAGAGGAAGGCCGGAGCUGCCCGGCGGAGGGGCCAUGGCGGCGGGCUACCAGUACAGGCCCAACGGCGGCGGCGGCGGCGCCCCGCUACCCGAUCCCACUUUCCUGUGGAACGUCUUCCAGAGGGUCGAUAAAGAUAGGAGUGGAAUAAUAUCUGAUAAUGAACUUCAGCAGGCAUUAUCCAAUGGCACAUGGACUCCGUUUAAUCCAGCAACAGUCAGGUCAAUUCUGGGCAUGUUUGACAGAGAAAACAAAGGCGGCGUGAACUUCAAUGAAUUCACAGGAGUCUGGAAGUACAUCUCAGACUGGCAGAAUGUCUUCCGAACGUAUGACAGAGACAAUUCUGGAAUGAUAGACAAAAAUGAACUAAAGCAAGCACUAACAGGUUUUGGUUACCGACUGUCUGAUCAAUUCUAUGAUAUCCUCAUUCGGAAAUUUGACAGACAAGGAAGAGGGCAGGUUGCUUUUGAUGACUUUAUUCAGUGCUGUGUUGUUCUACAGAGGCUGACUGAUGUGUUCCGGCGGUACGAUACUGAUCAAGAUGGCUGGAUUCAGGUGUCCUAUGAGCAAUAUCUUUCCAUGGUCUUCAGCAUCGUAUGACACUGACAACUAGGAAUUGCACACUGGCAUUACACAGACUGGAGUUGCCAAAUCACCCUGUACUGGAUAAGAUUAUUGAUGUAUUAUAAUGGAUAUAACUUCACAUUCUUAAAUUUUGUAUGUUGGUCGUCACCUUCAGAAUCUGUACUUGAGUUGGUUUUUAUUUUGUAUAACUAGGAUAUGACCAUCUCUGCUUACUGUAGUACAGAAAGCACAGACUCUAGAUUUAACUGGUGCAAUGUCAAACAUAACCUUCCACAUAUCGUGCAUGGGGAAAAAUGACCCUUUAGAAAUGCCAAAUUAAAAUAAUGCUUGUUAGUUUAUAAGAGUUGAAAGUCAGAAGUUGCACAACAUGUUUUGCAUGUGCCUUACUUUUAUAAGAGUUUAAUGUAUUAAUUUUUAAUACAGAAUUUAAAAUUAAGUAAAACUAUUAGAUCAACUUUCCUAGUCUACUUCAUUUUUGUACAGCCUAUUUAAGGGGACAGAGGUUUUAUUUCUGUAUUCUUGUUUUCUAAGAUUCAGGGGUCCCUCCCACUUUCCUUGCCUUAUCUUUUUAUUUGCUCACUGCCACCUUCUUUCAGGGUAUCCUUGGGACACCUUCAACUAGAACUUCUUCACACCUGUGUCCUAUUCUGCAUCUCCCUCAGUGACUUCCCUACAGCAAUAAACUACUGUGGAUAUAUA